AUGUCGACAUCUAGUGAAGACCACGCGUUGAAUCAAUUGCAGGGGGAGCAGUCCAAACUAUUAGACAAGAUCGAUGAGCUGCGCAACCUUGGCGUUGGUGGCCUUGUUCAGCUACCUCAACUUAUCGUCUGCGGUAGUCAGUCGAGCGGAAAGAGUUCCGUCCUUGAAGCUAUCUCGCGGGUGCGAUUCCCAGCCAAAGACAAUGUCUGCACUCGUUUUGCCACUGAAGUAAUUCUUCGUCGCAACCCACAAGCCAGAGUUAAAGUAUCCAUCGAACCGGGUUCUUCGCGUACCAACCCAGACGAGCAAGAAAAACUCCGAGCUUUCAGCUCCCAGUCAUUCUCUGCUACCGAGGACCUUCAUAAGUUGAUCAAGGAGGCCGAAGAAUGCAUGGGAAUUGGCGGUUCAACACAUUUCAGCGAUGAUGUUCUCAAGGUCGAGAUUUCCGGCCCCGAGAAGCCAGAACUGACUCUGGUGGAUCUUCCCGGGCUCUACACCUCAUUCAGUGAAGAGCAAAGCAAGGAGGGUUUGAUUACGGUUCGAGAAUUGACGAAAAAAUACAUGAUGAAUCCUCGCAGCAUCAUUCUGGCUGUCAUGAGCGCAAAUCUCGACUAUCAUCUUCAGCAGGUCUUGAACUUGGCAGAAAAGAUCGACCCAAAGCAUGAGAGAACACUUGGAAUAGUGACCCAUCCUGAUCGGGUGUCUCCAGGGUCAGAUGGGGAAGACACUUGGAUCAAAUUCAUCAAGAAUGAGAAGAUCCAGCUGCAGCUCGGAUGGCACGUACUUCAAAAUCGGAAGUUUGAAACACGUCUCGAAUCAGAUGAUAAGCGUGAUGAACUGGAAAGAGAGUUUUUGGUCACGGACGAUGGGCUUCACUUUCUCGCGAGAUUCAAAAUCGUGGACCACGAACAGACUCUAGGAAAGAUGGGCACUGCGCGGUUGAGCGUUAAAGAGCAGAGAGGUUUUCUCGUCGGCAUAAGCAGCAGGUUCGGUCGCAUUACACACGAAGCCUUGAAUGGAAUGUAUUCCGACGAUUUCUUCGGUGAUUUCGGUGACCGGAGGGCAACCAACGAUGAAACCAACGAUUUCCGUCGACUGCGGGCAGUAAUUCGUGAGAUGAACGAAAACUUCGCAGAAGCAAUAAGCAUCCGUGGCUGCCGGACUAUCAUUCGUCAAACAGAGACAGUUUUCCCCUUUCAGUCUCCCCAGCAGCAAAGUUUCAACCCUUAUAUGGAGGGGUGGUCCCCUACAUACGUCACUGAAAAGGCUCUUCAGGAGCAAAUUCAAGAGCAGGCAGUCAAGAAUCGUGGCAUCGAACUUCCAGGAAAUGCCAACCAGGUGCUCGUGGGCAAGUUGUUCCGUGACCAGUCUGAGCCUUGGGAAGAACUCGCAGAACGCCAUUUGACAGAUGUCUGGAGUACAGUAAACUAUUUUGUUGGACUUGUACUCCAGCAUCUAACGGAUCAACACACCUACACUUCGGUGAUGAGCGACCAUAUAAUUCCGGAGAUGGAUAAACUGCGAGCAUCGUUAUUUGAAAAGCUCAAAGAGUUGACUUCCUACAGAAAGGGUGGCCAUCCCUUGCCCUUGGGAAGAGACUUUCUGUCUAAAAUCCAAGAAUCACGUCAAAAGCGCCAGUUAUCGGCGUUGAAAAAAGGUCUUGGUCUUGGUGGAUUUUCAUUAUUCGCGAAGCCAGAUGCUCCUAACAAAGUGUUUGAUACCAAUGACCUUGAAAGAGCGGCUUCGCAAUUGCAGUCAUCCAGUGACCAAUUUGCUGCAGCAGAAAUAAUCGAUCAGAUGCAGGCCUACUACGACACCGCUAUUGUGACUUUCACUGAUAAUAUUGCGAUUCUUGCGAUUGAGAAUUGUCUACUUCGACCCCUGGGGCAGAUUUUCACUGGUCAAACUAUCAUCGAUAUGGACGAUGCUCAAAUUAAAGGCAUUGCAGCAGAGCCUAUCAGUGUGGAACUGGAUCGCAAUCGUCUCAAUGAGGAAUUGAGCAAGUUGAAGGCAGGCAGACAAACUCUGAGUGCUUUCAGAAUCGACGGACCAUCGCUGCCGCCACGACCUGCUUUUGGAAAUUCCAAAAGCGGCCAUUCACAGGGUAUUUUAGCCUCUGCUACCAACAGGGAGAAACCAAAGCACCAGGAUUUGGGAACACCCAAGAACAUACCUAUACUUGGAGGAAGUAGCUCUGAUGCCGGGAAAACAUCUCCUUUUAGUAACACGAAACCCAAAAGUGCAGAUGCUUUGAAAAUGCCUGCAAGCGUAUUAUUUUCCACGCCACAGACCUUUUCUCCAACCCCAGCUUCUCUUGGGACCAGUGUCAAGCCAACUGGUGGACUCUUUGGCUCGCCAUCACCGGGAUCCUUCCCAGCACCUACGGCCUAUUCUCCAGUCCCAGCUCCUAUUGGGACUACCGUCAAGCCAACUGGUAGCCACUUUGGCUCGCCAUCACCGGGAUCCCUCUCAGCACCUACGGCCUCUGGGAACCAAGGGAUUGUAGGCCGCCCCCUCUUUGGACAACCUAGCAUCCCAAGUGCCUCAAGCCCAGACGGAAAGCCACAGGCAUAUCUCGUCGAGAAAGAUGCAAAUACGGGUGUACUUAACCAUUAUCAACAUAUGUGCUUUGAGAGAUCUUUUGGAAAGAAAUCCCCUGAGGACAUUCGCUUUAUUCUGACACUCGUCUGGGCAGGAACAUCGACUGGUGCACUACCGCACCCAGGCGGCUUCUGGCCGAUGAAGACCAAUUUUGGAACAUUAAUAUCAUACAUGAAGUACUACAUGAGUGGACUAAACGCUAUCCCCUAA